CACAACAGCCAUCAUCGCCAUCAUCAGCCAAGCGUUUGAAAACAGGGUGGGCGGCGGCUUCUCGAUGCUCGGCCCCGCACACAGCCUAACUAGCCCCAUAAAACACCCAAGAAGAAGAAGAAGAAGAAGAAGGCCCCGCACAGCACCAGCAGGGACGCGGCCGGUGAUCUAGGAGCCCCGAGAAACUGACAAGCCAACACACACACCGGCCACCAUGGAGGACAUCGAUGGCAUAGAUUACGAGGCGGAGUUGCACCACAUCCGCAACAAACUGCAGGCCAACCACAGCACCCUGGAGCGCUCCCUGGCUGCCUUCAAGAUGGAGAUCAGCGCCCAGUUCCAGCAGCAUCGCACCAAUAUAAUCAACUUGAAGGACAAGCAUGACAGAGCGAAGCAGCGCAUGGACGAAUUGAGGCAAGAUAUCGACCAGCGUGAGGUGGAGAGCAGCCAAGCGAGAGAGGAUGCGGAGCGGAUGGCACAGGAGCUUGAGAAGGCAACACUGGCGCUCCGUGGAAAGAAGGAGGAGCUGGAGAGACAGAAGGAGAUGCUUGCAGACUGUGUGGAGAAGCUGAAGGAGAAGGAGCGGUGGGCAGCGGAGACCAGACAGCGGCACCAGCAGGACAAGGUGAGCCUGGCAGAGAGCAGUGUGGAGCUGUUCAAGACACACCUGGGCCUGGACAUCACCUGCACGCACCACAACACCUUCAUCGUCAAGUUCACGCAGGUGAGUCGCACUAACCCUGAGGCGGAGUACUUACUGGAGAUUGGUCUGGAGGAGGACAAAUACCGCUUGCUGACCUCCGUGCCACCGCUGACGUGCCUCCCGCAGCUCGAGGAAGCCCUCAUCGCCACGGGCAACCUCACCGCCUGCCUUGUACAAAUCCGGAAAAUGUACCAGCGCGCCGAGAACAAGAGACCGCUGGAGUAGUGGCGAGGGGCGGGGGGUGGCAUGGGGGGCGACUCCUGCCAUGUGUCACUUCCAGUCCUGGUGUUACUCUCUUCAGCGACAACACACAACUCUUCUUCCCUCUUCUGUCCUGCUCAACCGGCAACAAUUAUGUUUUUCAGUUAGACGAUAGACAGUUUGUACAUUUCUAGUGGAGUGGAAAUUUAUGGCCGAGAAUAUUUUAUAUGUAUUAAUGAAGUAAAAUUUUGUCAAGCUAAGC